AUGGCGGCGGCUAUGCGGCUGGCUGCCAAAUUCAACUCCUACUAUGCGGAAAAGCCGGUAUUGACUACUAUGGUGACCAACGCGAUCCUCGGUGGCAUCGCGGACACUACUGCACAACUUAUCACGGCCUUUAGAUCUCGCCCCACUAGUGGCCGGACCGAUGGCAGCGACUUCAUCUCCAUUGAAAUUCAUGAUUUGGAUAAAGAAAAGCCACCGGCGCUUGGAGAGCUCAGUCUCUCACGGAAUUCGCCACAGCCUUUCGAUUUCGAGCGCUUAACUCGUUUCAUGUCCUACGGUUUCUUCAUGGCGCCGAUCCAAUUCCAAUGGUAUGGUUUCUUGUCGAGAGCAUUCCCGCUCACCAAGGCGAGCCCUACUCUUCCGGCCUUGAAGCGGGUUGCCGUUGAUCAGUUCAUCUUCGCCCCUUUUGGUCUGACAUGCUUUUUCACUUUUAUGACGGUCGCCGAGGGUGGUGGAAGAAGAGCGCUGGGCCGCAAGUUCCGAGACGUCUUCCUGCCGACUCUCAAGGCCAACUUCGUUCUCUGGCCUGCGGUGCAGAUCCUCAACUUCCGCGUUGUGCCCAUCCAGUUCCAGAUUCCUUUUGUAUCCACCGUCGGUAUUGCCUGGACUGCAUACCUCUCCUUGACCAACUCUUCUGAGGAGGAGUAA